CAUCAUCAUCGUCAUCGUCGUCCUCUUUCUGCACACGGCCUGCGUGGCUAUGGCCGCCGUAGAUUUUAAUUGCCCGGCCGUCUUCAACUUCGGCGACUCCAACUCCGACACCGGCGCCCGCAUUGCCGCCGGCCUCGAGAGCAUCGGCCCCCCGUACGGGCAGACCUACUUCCGCAGACCCGCCGGCCGCUUCUGCGAUGGCCGGCUUAUCAUCGAUUUCCUCUUGGAUGCCAUGGAUAUGCCGUUCCUUAAUGCAUAUUUAGAUUCUGUUGGUGCACCUAGUUUUCGAAAAGGUUCAAACUUUGCUGUGGCUGGUUCUACCAUACUUCCUGCAACAGCAUCAUCUGUCAGCCCAUUUGGCUUUGGUCUUCAGAUUGCUCAGUUUCUUCGGUUCAAGGAUCGAGUUCUUGAAUUGCUAGCUAAAGGGAACAGAUACAAGAAAUAUAUUCCUCAUGUGGAUUUCUUCGGUGAGGGACUCUACAUGUUCGAUGUAGGCCAAAAUGACCUCGCCGGUGCAUUCUACCACAAAAAGGAGGACCAAGUUAUUGCCUCUAUUCCAACAAUUCUAUUGGAAUUCGAGACUGGACUCAAGAAGUUAUAUGAUAACGGCGCAAGGAAAUUCUGGAUUCAUAAUACUGCUCCCCUCGGGUGCUUACCUCAAAACAUAGCUGCUUUUGGUAAAGAUCCAUCAAAGCUGGACGAGCUCGGAUGUGUUGCGUCCCAUAAUCGCGCAGCUAAGCUUUUCAACUUGCAGCUCCAUGCACUUUGUACAAAAUUGCAGGGUCAAUACACAGAUGCAAACAUCACUUACGUUGAUAUCUACUCGAUAAAGUAUGAUCUGAUUGCAAAUUAUUCUCGAUAUGGAUUUGAAUAUCCCAUAACAGCAUGCUGUGGGUACGGCGGAGGAGCACUGAAUUAUGACAGUCGAAUCCCUUGCGGGCAAACCAAAGUUAUCAGUGGGAGUCGUUUGACAGCAAAAGGAUGCAACGAUAGCACAGAAUAUGUCAAUUGGGAUGGAAUACAUUACACAGAGGCUGCGAAUUUUCAUGUUUCAUCACAGAUACUCACCGGGAAGUACUCCGAUCCUCCAUUCUCUGACAAGAUGCCUUUUCUGUUGAAACCUAAGUUCUAACGACCGGGUCGCAUUCUUUCCUCAAUUUCCUAACCGAACCUGCUACGUUGAUGUAUCUUUAUCUCUAAUCAUUGAAUGUAAAUAAUAUUAUAUAAGCUGCAGUACACAGUAAUUUUCUGCCA